AUGAUAAAAGCCAACGUCCUCGUCGUGCGGUCUGGAGUUAUCCCGCAAUCUCAUUUUAUCACCUUCAUUCGAGCUGCUACACAAAACACUUCUCCAACGAUGGGUCUGUCAGUGGCAUCAUUCUCAUCCAAACCGCCAUCGGUCCGUGAAUUUCUGGUCACUGCGGCAUACGAUGACCUCUUGCUUCUCGUCAUUCUCCUGGCCGGCGGGUUGGCGUGUAUCAGCCGUGGCACGUUCUGGGACCUACCAGACCCCUACCGCUACAAGCUCUUCGAGCGGCCGCAAGCGGGUGAGGCAACGUCGAAUGGUGGUGUGUCCAAGGCGCCCCGCAACAUUGCCACGAAAUUGGCCGAGACGUCGAAACAGGUGGUGAUAUUUUGGGGAUCACAGUCGGGUACCGCUGAAGGCUUCGCGCAUCAGCUGGCAAGGGACUGCAGCCAUCGACUCAACCUGGGCGUUCUCGUGGCCGAUGUGUCAGAUUACGACCACGACACCCUCGCCCAACUCUCGCCGUCUCAGUACGCGAUAUUCAUCAUGUCGACAUUUGGAGAGGGGGACCCGUCUGACAAUUCGACCGGCUUCCUCAGACUGCUCAAGUCUGAAUCUGGACUUCCUAGCCUGACCAACCUGAGGUUCACUGCGUUUGGAUGCGGGAACAGUAAUUACAAGUACUACAACGCGGUCGUGGACCAAGUUGUCUCCUCGUUGCAGGACCGUGGUGCGACCAUGUUUCUGCCCAUCGGAAAAGCCGACGAUGCCAAAGGCACGACUCACGAAGACUUUGAGGAUUGGAAGACAACGCUGAUCCGCGAGCUCCGCACGCAACUUGGCCUGGUCGAGACCGAGUCGGUGUAUACACCGACGAUAAGUGUGGUUAUGGACAAGUCCAUCUGUCUCGAUCGUGUCUGGCAAGGCGAGCCUCCCUUUUUCCAGGCCCCUUCAGAUCCCUUCUCUCGCUCGUCCUCGCCCGUGGUGCCACUGCCUGUCAGCUCAACUCGAGAGCUCACAACGGCAUCUUUGCCCGCCCGAAGCUGUGUCCACCUCGAGCUCGACCUCUCCGGUCACCCCAAGAUCAAAUACAAGACGGGAGAUUAUGUGGCUGUGCGCCCGACAAAUCCUACAACGGAGGUAAAUGCCCUCAUCGAGGUCCUUGGCUUGAUCGGACAAGAGAAGGCUCCGAUCGUAAUUCACCCUGUCGACCCCCUUGUCGAGAAGACCACGCUUCCUUCCCCUACCAAUCUCUUAGCAUUGUUUCGGCACCACCUCGAAAUUUGCGCUCCGGUCUCGCGAGAAACGGUACUCACCCUGGCACACUUUGCCUCGACACGGACGGCGAAAGACUACCUUGCAAACCUUGGGUCCGACAAGGCCAGCUAUACCGAAUUCCUCGGCAAAAACCACAUUACCCUCUCCCGCCUCCUCAGGCACGUCCACGAGGUGGACUCGUCCGUGUCCUGGACCGGUCUGCCCCGUGCCUUCGUCGUCGAGAGCUUACGACCGUUAAAGGCUCGAUACUAUUCCAUUUCCAGCUCAUCCGUCAUCUCCCCACGUCGCGCCACACUUACCGUCGCAAACAACCCUCACAUCCUCCCGGGUGAUGGUAAGAUCGCGAUUGCUGGCGUGGCGCGCACGUACCUGUCUUCCUUCGUGGCGCCAUCAACGCCCAUUCACCCACACGUCGUCGAUCAGUCACCACCUUUGUCGGCAGAUCGCGAUGGUGCCAAACCCCUCUGUCACGCCUCGAUCUGCCGCUCGACGUUCAAACUCCCGGCCUCACCCACGACGCCCUUGAUCCUCAUCUGUGCAGGCUCGGGUAUUGCGCCGUUCCGCGCAUUCUUGUACGAGUACUCCCACCUGGCGAACUUGUACGGCUCGACUAGGCCCGUUGGUCGGACGAUCUUGUUCUUUGGCUGCCGCCAUCCCGAUCAAGACCUAUUGUACAAGGAUGAAUUGAGCCAGUUACAGUCUUCACCGCACGCGAGGUUAGAGAUUGUCCAUGCUUUUUCACGCGUGGAAGGCCAACCGAAAACUUAUGUGCAAGACCGAGUGGAAGAGCGGUGCAACGAGUUGGUCAAGCUGCUUCUCGAAGAAGGCGCCGCCUUGUAUAUUUGCGGAUCUGCUGCCAUGGCGAGAGAAGUAGGUAAUAGGAUUGGAGACGGCAUCAAACGCGCAAAGGAUUGUGACGAAGAAGGGCUCAAAAAGUGGAGAGGUGAGCAAAAGAGGAGCAGGAAGUGGCAGGAAGAUGUCUGGGGAUGA